CCUCAAAGUGUCUUCCCUCGUCUCAGUGCGUACAAUGGGUUGCCUCCCAUGGCCAAGCCGCGCGGCUUUUGUUUUCCGCUCAGUCCGCCACCCGAGCCGCAACAUGCGCUGAGUCACACGUGCGCAGAGCAUCUGACGCUCUCCGCUUGAGUCGCUAUAAAAGCCUGGACUUUAAAAGGCUCGCCCCUGGCACGUUGCCUCCGAUCGGCACCUGACAACAGCGGCGAGCACAGCAUAACCGUGCAAAGCCUGUGCGACUGCAUUUAGCGGCAGCUACAAGACAUUUGAACUACUUUCCCCGACCAGUGCUGUUUCAUCACAACUUGGACUCUGCUUCAUAUCUAUGUAUGUGGUUUCUAGACAACAUCUUCCUUGUCAGGGAAAAUCAGGAAAGAAGAUUUUUGGGAAGAUACAUGAUGUUUACAGUUCGAAAAUCUCUAAUCCCUGGCUCACAUCGUGCCACUGACCACACAAAGCUGUCCAUGUGUCCCAAUGUGCUCACCCCAGAUCGUAUUCCUGAAUUCUUUAUCCCUCCAAAACUAAGGUCAAUGCACACUGAUGACAGAGACUCAAAAGAAGAAAGUGGCACCAAUGCUCCGAAUCUUCCUAAGAGGGAUUUUAAGAAACAGUGGAACUUCCAAGAGAGAUACAGCAGUAACCAGUCUGCCUCAGAGCACGAUUUGAUCAGAGCAGCACACCGGCAUGUCAUUCAGAUCGAGAGUGCCGAGCUGGACACAGGAUAUGGCUCACAGUAUGCUGGUGAAGUGGACACCAACAAGGAAGAGGAAGAAAGAAGGGAGAAGAAAACAUGUGGUGUUCAGUCUGCUAUCUCCAUGCCGCAGCUUACCCAGGGUGGACUGGCAUAUCUGCCAGAAAGCCCUCACACACGACGGCGGGAGUCCUUGUUCCACUCGCCACAUGUGGCCCGUAAAUCUCCAACAGGGGAACAUUCUUCAUCUCUGACUCUUCAGAUGCCUUCUCCUGAACCAAGGCAGUGCUUUGCAGGCCAAAGUCCUCAGUAUCUGGACAGUGAUACAACUUCUUCUGCUGAGUCUUCUCCUUUCAGUUCCCCUUUGCUUGGCCGUUCAUUAGCUGGAACAUUAGUGUGCCAAGCCUAUGCUAGUAGGCAACGUCUCUUUUGUAGAACUAUUAAUGCCAAAGCUGUAGCCCGUGCUAGCUCUCUAUCAACUGAUGAGGCGAGUUCAUCUGAUAAUAGUCCUAUUGUGCCCAGAAAACUGAACGAAGUGCGCUCCUUGUCCAGCGCUCCCAGCGGGGCCACUUUGGCACCUCCACCCCUCUUUCACCUCGACUUCAUCUGUUGUCACGAGCGACUCACCAAAGAGAACACCAUAUUGUUGGGUGGCCAGGAAAGGGGGAAGCUGAGACUCUCAGCAGAGUACAUUCGAGAGACUGCCCGCCUGCGAGUAAGGGUGGUCAAUGCAGAAGGCUUAUACCCACCCAGCUUUGAGUGCAAGCAUGUGAGCUGCUGUGUCCUCCUGCACUUAAAACCAGGCAAGACUCAACGGCAAAAGAGUACGAUCAUCAAGAAAAGCCGGAACCCCAUUUUUAAUGAAGAUUUUUUCUUUGAGGGCCUUGGUGAGAAAGAUUUGCAGACCCGAUCACUACGGAUCAAGGUGGUAAAUAAAGGUGCCAACAUGAAGAGGGACACUUUACUGGGAGAGUGUGAGCUUUCACUUUGCUCCAUACUGCCGCCCUAAUGACCAUAAUAUGUAUUGGGUAAACACUUGGAACACUCAGAAUCUUGGUGGAUGUUUUUGACUAAAGCACAAUUUAAAAGAAAUUCAGCAGUAACAUCAGUAGAUAACUGGGCUCCUUCUGUGGUGGCAUCACAGUGCUCUGUUAUUGAACAACCGAAGACAUUAUCUGAAGCUGAAACCGGUGAAGAGCAGGAUAUAGUCAGUGUGUUAAAUUUGAGAUUCUGUGACGCUAAUUUAGUCACAGAUGGGGCAUAUUCCAUCCGGUUUUACACCCCGUGAAUGAAUUAGAUGCUCCUGGAUUAUUGGAUGGUACUUCAGUCUAGUUUUCUUGCAUGAUCAAGAUCCAUGAUGUAUACAGUGACAUGAAAGAGGAUGUGCAAAAUGGUUACAAAUACCGGGAAUUCUAUCUAUAAUUAGUCUGUUGGCCAUUAGACUCUGAAUCUCAGUCAGCCAUUUGACACCAGACUCACAGCUUUAAGGUUUGUUUUAAAUAUGUAAUUUUUAAAGCAUUUUGUUAAUUCAGUGUUCUUUUAUUCAUACAAACUUUUGCAAGGACUCUGUAUUCAUUUUGGCUUUCAAAAAUAAGACCUUUUGUUUAAAGAACUGGACGUCAAGUCAGGUUAGGUUCUCAUAUUGCAGCAUUGACCCACUGCAGGACUCUGAAGUCACUGACCUGGCCGGACCCACAUUCUCACAAUAGGAAAAUACGUAUUUGUAAUUUUAAUUUUACAUGUGAAGCACUUUGGGGUAGCGUUCACUAUGAAAGGCACUGCUUAAUAAUAAUUUUUAAAGUACAGGGGGUCCUCGGGUUACAAUGUCUCAACCUACACCGUUUCGAGUUUACAACGCUCACUCCCAUAAAAACUUAAAAAAAUUGAGACAUGAGAAGGAAUAAAGGUAAGGAUUUUUUUUACACUCAUUUUUUCUGUUACUACAGUGCAGUGUACAGUACAGUAUAUUUAUGUCCUUUUCAUGUGGCUUAGUUGUGUUUUUAUGUUCUAGAUUAUGAUUUUGCAAAUGUGUUAGGAUAGGUAAGUGACUUAGGCUAGAGUGUGUUUCGACUUACACCAAAAUUCGGGUUACAUCACUGUUGUAGGAAAGGAACUGUGUCGUAACCUGAGGACCCCCUGUAUACAAUAUCUUUUUUCAUACCAGUCUCUAUUAAAAUUAUUGUGUAUGUAUUUAUCCACAUUCAUUUAUUUCUUGCUCAUUUGAAGUGUUUGUCUGCCUGUAGUCCUCAUUCAAUUUUAUAUAGAUUUCUACUUUUGUAAUAAAAA